GGCCAAUCAGUGACGCCUGUGAAAAAAAAGGCCCAAAGCCCUCCAGUGGUGAGACCGGCGCAAGAUGGCCGCGGCGAGUCGCAGUGUGAAGGGCCUCGUAGCAGUAAUAACCGGAGGAGCCUCAGGCCUUGGCUUGGCUACAGCAGAGCGACUGGUGGGGCAAGGGGCUUCUGCUGUGCUUCUGGACUUGCCCAACUCUGAUGGAGAGGCCCAGGCCAAGAAAUUAGGGAAGAGCUGUGUGUUUGCCCCAACUGACGUGACAUCUGAGAAGGAUGUACAGACAGCCUUGACUCUAGCAAAGGAAAAUUUUGGCCAUGUGGAUGUGGCCGUCAACUGUGCAGGUAUUGCAGUGGCCAGUAAGACAUAUAACUUAAAGAAGAAGCAGGCCCACAACUUGGAGGACUUCCAGCGAGUUAUCAAUGUGAAUCUCUUAGGCACCUUCAAUGUGAUCCGCCUGGUUGCUGGUGAGAUGGGCCAGAAUGAGCCAGACCCGGGAGGCCAACGUGGGGUUAUCAUCAACACUGCCAGUGUGGCUGCCUUUGAGGGCCAGGUUGGACAAGCUGCAUACUCUGCAUCCAAGGGAGGCAUAGUGGGCAUGACACUGCCCAUUGCUCGGGAUCUGGCUCCCAUGGGCAUCCGGGUGAUGACCAUUGCUCCAGGCCUGUUUGGCACCCCACUGCUGACUACCCUCCCAGAAAAGGUACGCAACUUCUUGGCCACCCAGAUACCUUUUCCCACCCGACUUGGAGACCCUGCUGAGUAUGCUCAUCUGGUACAGACCAUAAUUGAGAACCCAUUCCUCAAUGGAGAGGUCAUCCGGCUGGAUGGGGCCAUCCGCAUGCAACCUUGAACAGAGAAGGCAGGGAAAACACAGGCUCUUGUGCCUUACCUUCCCCUGAGGAAGCCUAAUAGCCAUUUUGUGUCCACCUAUCAAUUGCCUUUGUGACUAAUAAAGUCUCUUUCAUGGGA